AGUUGGCGAAGCUUCACGAAUCAACUGGCACUUAAAUCCCUAUUCCUUACCCUAUGGCGCUAGACGAGUAUGAUGUAGAUGCUACAGAACUUCUGGAAACUUACGACUUUUUAAUGAAGUACAUUAUCAUUGGAGAGGCAGGAACAGGCAAAUCAUGUUUAUUGCACCACUUCACCAACAAUACAUUCAAGGACCACUCUCAACAUACCAUCGGAGUGGAGUUCUCAAGUAGAACAGUAAACUUAGGGGAGAAGAGGAUAAAGCUUCAACUAUGGGACACUGCCGGUCAGGAGCGCUUCCGUUCGGUAACGCGUAGCUACUACCGCGGUGCGGCUGGCGUAAUUCUCGUAUAUGAUAUCACGAAGUUGGUGCAUUCAUUCUUAUUCACUGUCUUGAUCCUCAAAGCUUUCACUGACAGUCGCGAUUCUUUUCUGAAUAUGUCCCAGUGGCUAACUGAUGCUAGAGCUUUGGCAAGCCCACACUUAGUUGCAGUCCUUGUUGGAAACAAGUCGGACAGGGAGGAGGACCGUGAAGUGGAGUGGGCUGAAGCUAGCAGAUGGGCAGCGCAGAAUGAUGUUCACUUUCUCGAGGCUUCUUCAUUAACCGGCGACAACGUCGAAGCUCCAUUUUUGCUUGCAGCAAGGUCUAUCCUGCUCUCUAUAGAGUCUGGAAUUUUAGAUCCCGAGAAAGCUGGGAGCGGUGUCAGCUAUGGAGAUCGUGCCCUCCGAAGAGUGACAAGUUCUAGCCACCUUAGCUUUGGGAGUCUCAGUGGAGCUCGAAGGCGACGCUCGGGCAAGCUUCGAUUGAAAAAUUGGGCACCUUCGGGCAAAUGCUGCUAGAGAUAAUCGACGGUUGGUGAGUGAGGGUGCCACUUCUGCCUUGCUCCCCGCAUGUGGCCGUGUGCCUCGUGCCACUUGUUUGUAUACCACUUUUUUUUUCUGUUCUCAAUCACAUAUUCUACUCAAACGCUGU